CACGCCUCUUCCACGCACAAAAACCUCACAGAAACUCCACGAACUUCCUCCUCCCAGGAAUUGUGUCGCUGAAAAUCCAAAUUGUUACGAUGGAGGAGGCGUAUGCUCAGUUGUAUCAACAGUUUGUGUGUCUGAGGUCUCUGUGUCUGAGACAGGCCUCUAUGCUCCAAAAACUCACCGCUGCUCUCAAACAACAACAAGGAGGCUCAAAAGGAGAUCUGGACGACAUCUCAUCAAUGACACAGUUGGACUCUGAAUAUCCUGAGUACCUGAAUACAACUCCUCACCCUCCUCUCAUCACUCCAACAGCACCAUGUGGCAUUCAGGAGCCUUCCAAAAACAUGGGAAACUUCUCCGACCUCCUGGCACAAGACAUGUCCAAGCUGGCCUUGGAUACCAGCGUCCAGAAGAAAGAUCCCAAAUCCGACCUCAGCAUUCCUCAGCCUCUCUCUUCAGUCCUGACCCUAUCGAAUGGAGCCUCGUACAAUAAAUGCCUUCGUCAUAAUGGUGAAGAAGCACUUAAUAAAAAUGAAGCACUUAAUAAAAAUAUCCCUGUACCCGGCACCCUGACCCCCUCCUCAGGUAACCCUUACACCUACGCCCUCACUCCCUCCACUGGACUGAUGCUUUCUGAUGUGGCUCUGCAGUCUCACAUGUGCGAGAUCUGCCAGGCUGUGUUCCCUGCAAACACCACCACCAGAGGGCAGUAUCUACAACACCUCUACACACACAUCACAUAGCAGAGAUGGGCCAUGGACUGAACUUCUCUCUGUGAAUUAAUGAACCAAUAUGGGUAAUUUUUAGAUAUAGAGUGGUAUGUAUAGUGAGCACAUGUCUUCUCUAAUGGUGCAAUGGGCCAGUAUUUGUGUUUAUUAUAUUA